UCAGGACUGUAACUUCCUUUUUCUUUUUUGGCAAAAAUCGGCCCUUUAAUAAGUCAGUAUUUGUUGCUCGUAUUCAGGUGGGUUUCUUGGCUAAGAUUUCUGGGCAGAUGCUGAAAGUACUGAAUUUGAGCUGAGGUUAGAAUUUGGGGGCUGAGUUCAAGAUUAUUCCGAUCUGGCCCAGUUCAUGCUUGUUUAUUUUGAAGUCAAACUGUGAAGACUAUGAUUCUCACAAAGCAAUACCGCUGCAUACACUCGGCAAGUUGUCUGUGCACUAAAGGGCAUCUCAGUGAAGAAGUCAUUUUCCUAGUUUUUCACCACUUAAAUUGGAACCCUGUAUUGAUUGCAACGCUUUCUUGUGCAUGCAAAUGGUUCGAUGAUCUUGCUAAGCGAGUCCUGUGGAAGGAGUUUUGUAGGACACGAGCUCCUAAGAUGACGCUUGAUUUGCAAUCUAGUGGGAGUCAUAGCAUAGAUGGGAACUGGAGGGCACUCGGGAAACUGCUAAUAUACUGUUCUGGAUGUAGCAAGGGUAACUUGUUCAAUAACCUUGACGUUCCCGGCCACUUUGUCCAUAGGACACGAUUCUCAAGGACGUCCGGAAAAAGCUUUCUGUUAUCACAAUGCAGAACAGAUGUUUUGUAUGUGUCUGAUCCUUGUGAACAUCUUGACCAAGGGGAUGAAGGGGACAUUGGAUUCUUUCGUGGAAUAUUUCAAUGCUUUGCAAUGUCAAAGGUAAGGAAAAAGCUGAUUGACAGAGGCGCUCCACUUCAUCCUACAGAGGUGUGUCCCUAUUGCAAGGCAAAGUUGUGGAACAUGCUACAAGCAAAGAUGAUACCAUCGAGUGCCAGCUGCCGGUUAGGUGCUUAUGAGGACUGCAUUGAGUAUUAUGUGUGCCUUAAUGGGCAUGUGCUUGGUACUUGCACCCUCUUGCCCUUGUCUGAUACAGAAGAAGCAUCUGAGGAGUGACAUUUUGGGGGAAUUCAGUUGUGCAAUAUCAGUAUAUUGAUGCAAUUGUCUUGUGGAAACUUGGUGGAUGAGAAGUGAGUUUGCAUCACAUGGAGUUCAGCAGAAUCCCUCUUUGAAAGUUGAAUUCCAAUGUAAAGUAUAUCAUUUCCUUCCAAUUGACAGUUUGCCGUUAAUAACAAGUUUGUUUCCUUCAUUGUUAGUUACAAGAUUGUUAUAUAAACUAUGUUGUCCGUAUGUACAUUGUAUAACCUCCAAAAUGUAUCAGAAAUUUGAACAAUGAUCUGUAACAUUAUACACAAUGGGCCGCUAAACUAUCUAUCAGUUUCAACUUCUGAGAAUUGAUAUUUGCCCAUCAUUGCUACAGUUUCAGUCAUCCUCGUUUAUUCUUUUCA